UUACAUACAUAAGAGCUGCAGCAGCAUGAAGGACUAUUUGUGGGCUAGUCAUAAUAAGCAAGAGUUAUUGGCACCCCAAACGCCCAAACUAUAUUAGGGCUUUUCAUAUAAACGUGUAAAUGCCUUGUAACCGCGUUGAUGUACUUAAUUUUGUAAGCAAAACCGGUUUAUAUACGAGGUUUACGCAACAUCUUACGUAAAAAUCUAAAUAAAUACAAAUGCAAAUACGCGGUUACGAGACAUUUACGGGUUUAGAUGAAUACCCAUACCGAAUAGGAAAUAUUAUUAUUAAUCAGUUCAUUUCGUUAUCAACAGAUAAGAUAAGGAUGUUUAUCUCUCAUAGACUGGAAAAAACACCUGCAUUCGGGAACUUUUGAUAGGUUCGUUAUUGGAAAUACUGAAUACUACUGAUAAGGAGGUUUAUCGUUCACGCUAAAAAAGAACAUCUGCUGCGUUAGCCACUGAAGUUGGAUUGGGAAGUUUCAUUUUUUUUUUUUAAUAUUUCAGUACGAAUUUAUACGCUCACCGAACUAGACUCGUUUCUUCGUUGUAUAUCGAGUCUUUACGUAUUGUAAACGAAAACUAAAAAUGUAUCAAGCCGCUCAUACAGGUGACAAUAAUUAUGGCGCUUACGAUGCUGAGGGCGCAAAAAGCUUCUCUUUCGAUGAUGAGAGCAUACGAAAAGGCUUCAUACGGAAAGUUUACUCAAUACUUAUGGUACAAUUACUAAUCACUUUCGGCAUUAUCACGAUCUUCAUAUACGUAACAGCAGUCAAAGACUGGGUUCAUCGCACACAAUGGAUAUUUUGGGUUGCACUAGCAGUGCUUUUGGUAACCAUGGUGUGUAUGGCUUGCUGCGAGAGUGUACGACGCAAAACACCGUUGAACUUUAUUUUCCUAUUUCUCUUCACAUUGGCGGAAUCAUUUCUGCUAGGUGUAACCGCUACAUAUUAUGCUUCCAGUGAGGUGAUGUUGGCCGUUGGCAUAACAGCUGCUGUAUGCCUCGCCUUGACGCUAUUCGCCUUCCAAACCAAAUGGGACUUCACCAUGUGUGGUGGCGUCCUAUUGGUUGCCAUUGUUGUAUUCCUCAUAUUUGGUAUUGUGGCAAUCUUCAUACCCGGCAAAGUGAUAACGCUCGUCUAUUCAUCGCUGGGUGCAUUACUCUUCUCCAUCUAUUUGGUCUAUGAUACACAAUUGAUGAUGGGCGGUAAGCAUAAGUAUGCUAUUAGCCCCGAGGAGUAUAUUUUUGCGGCGCUCAACCUUUACCUGGACAUUAUCAAUAUUUUCAUGUAUAUUUUGGCCAUAAUUGGAGCGUCAAGGGGAUAAGUUUAAUCAGUAUAAAUACAUACAUAUUAAUGUAUGUACUUAUGUAAGUGUGACAUGGAGAUUAAUUGCCAUAUUGUUUGCUGCGUCGAACAUAUGUAUGUACACCUUAAUUCAAAAAAGCCCUAACCAACAAAUUUUUUAUUUUACAGGAGAAGUAAAAAACAUUAUAAAAAGAGUAUCAAAAACAGGUAGGGAUUUUUAAAAAGUUGCAUGUAGCCCCGCUGUUUUUGGUACUAAC